AUGGACAUGACACAUCCGCCCCACGAGACCGACUGGACCGCUUCAUCGCCUUCCUCGCUCCUCUCGCCCUCGACGAGCUCGCAGAGGCAACCGGCCUGGCGCUCGUUCGAUUUUGCUCAUACCGCCAGCAUGCCUCCGCACGGUGCAGCCUCUCAAGCAGGUAGUCAGGCUGGCCUAGACGACUUUAGAUUCUCAGUCACAUCCGAUACCUCGACCACAUGUACCUCGCCCGCAUCUAUAGAGGAGCAACAGUCGCUCAACGCCAACACAAAGGCGAGAUACGCUCGACCGGAGCUGCUCGUCGAGACCAAGCCGAGAGAACUGGAUCCUGUCUUGACCCAGGCUCAGACGAACCAGCUUGCCACUUUUGCGAGCGAGAUGAUCACCUAUCUCUGGUUCUCGUCCAUCACCCAGCGCAAGACUGCCUUACCCGCAGCCUAUGCCGCCACGGAAUCAAGACCGCAUCCAAGACAAUUUAGACCGACUCCUGGCUUCAGUCACUUCAUACGAGACGUCCUGCUGACCACCCAAGUGUCGCGCUCAGUCGUCGUCCUCGCUUUGCUUUUCGUCUACAGACUCAAAAUCCGCAAUGUCAUUCAUGGUCAGCCAGGCUCAGAGUUCAGGCUCGCCAUUGUCGCCUUUAUGCUCGCCAACAAAGUCUUGGACGAUCACACCUACACAGCCAAAACGUGGAGCGAAGUCUCAGGCAUCGCUCUCGGUCCGCUGCAGGCAGGCGAGAUCGAGUUUCUCAAAGGUCUCGACUUCCGCAUGCAUGUGACAAGCCAGCACUUCGAGUCCUGGCAACUGUUACUGCUCGGUCUACGGAAUGCGAACGAGACAAAGUCGGUGGUCGAACAGCAAGGUCUACGACGAAGUGCUCGCGUCGCCCAGCCUGUUCCACCUUGCCUGCUCGCACCGCGUCAUAGCUGGCAAAGUGGUCAAUCUGCCUUGCCUCUGCGGCAGGCUCAGCCGAUCCAGACGAUGCCGAGCAUGCAAGCUCAUACGCCAUGGGCCUACUCGGUCCCCAUACCGCAGCCUACGAGGACGGAAGCGGCCAGUCCGCAUCACAGACUGGCGCUGCAGCAUUCUCAUUCUCGACGAACAUCAAAACGUCUUGCAGCGCAAGAAGACGCUCAGGACGACAUAGAAAGGCCGAGUGCCAAGCGACAUGGUCCUGUCGCGCCAAAACGACAGCUUUCGUCUGGUCCGAUGAUCAGAUCGGUGCAUCCUUCGCCAGCUGUCAAUUUAUCACCUGCGAUGUCUCUACAUCCGGAAGUGGCGCCAUUCGAUCAGCUUACAGAUGCAUUCUCGCCCGCUAGAGCGCUAGAGAUCCAGCAAGCUCACUACCGCGCUUAUGCUGAAGGCCAAGCCCGACUAGAAUUCUACCAGCUCGCGGCCGGUCGACGAGCGGGCAUCUCAGAGAGAUUUGCUCCUGCUCCCGCUCUUGCAAAUACAGCUUCGCUACCCCACGCGCAAGUACACCAUCGACAACCAUUCAUGGUGCCGAGCAACUCUGCCGGCCUCCACCCACAGUCUAGAACGACCCUGUCACUGUCCCCCGUCGAUCUGACCGGUUCACGGCCCUCUCAGAGAACGCCGAACGUCUGGUCUGCUCCUCACACUAGAAUGAAUCAUCUCAUGACGUCUAGACCCUCCAUCCUCUCGCCUCAAUCGAUCUAUCCUGUCCAACAGCAUCCGCGCCCGCCCGCGCCGGCCACCGGUGAAGCCUUCUCGAGCUUUGCAAAUUGCGGGCCGCCUGCAGUGCAAUGGCAACAGCCAGGUUGGCAGCUCGAUUGGUCGCUACGACCUCUCCCUACGUGUGAGCGUUGCUUCAUGAUCCGUUCUUGA